UCGAGUUGCGGUCGGCCCUGUGUGGUACAUAUUGGUAUCUGAGCCUGGACGUAACAAUAAUGAAGUCGAGGCUCUGCGUAAGGAGGUGGAGAAGCUUGGGGGAAGGGCGAUGCGGGCCGGUGCUUCGAUAAGUUCCGUCCAAGGGACGGUCCAUGACGAUGAUAGUGUACUUGCGAAGCUACUGGCUGAGCAGAAGCGGAUGAAGAGCCAGCUGGAUGAGGCUCUUAUGGCGAAGCGGCGGCUGGAGCUGGUAGAAAAAGAGAUGCAUGACGUUAUUCGUGCACGAGAUGAGGCGCUGGCAGACGCGGAGAAGUGGCAGCAGGAGGCUUUGCGACCACGGAAACGUGGAUGCAUUGCGCUGAAUACAGCUAUUGCAAAGACAACUUCAAGCCCUUCCACGUCGACACCCCUCAAGUCUCCGGUGAUGUCAGUUGACCUCAAGAAGAUUUCGGACAUGCACCGACUAGAGGUCGAAACCAUUGAGGAGAUGCGCAUUCGUGAGUUCAAUGCACGAAGGGAGGCUGAGCAGGAUCUGGAGAAGGUGAAAGAGAAGAUCGCACGAAUGGAACGAGAAAUAUUGCAGAGGACUCCUCGGUCUAACCUCCGUUCGAAGAUGGACGAAGCCUGUACCGGCAAGGGUAAAGAGAAGAUGGAUGUGGACAAAUCGGUGGCAGAUGAUAAGGAGAAAGAGGUUUUUGCCAAGGAAGAGAGGAAGUCAUUGAGAGGACCGACUAAAGAUGCACUUGUGGCUAUCUGCGAUAAGGAAGGUGUGAAGUACGUGGGGGUGAAGCAAAUAGUAGACAAUAUCGUCGCGCACCGGGUCAAGAAGGCGUUUCCCCCGGCAAGUGUGGAAGUUUCGGAGGAUCAGGCUGAUACCGUUGGUGAGAAAUCAUCCCGGACGUGACGACGCUAUGGAACCUAUUUCGACGGUCCAUUGCUCUUAGGACU